ACGGGAAGAUGGCGGACCUGGAGGAGCAGCUGACCGACGAGGAGAAGGAUCUCGAAUUCUGACUUCUAGAAUUGCCCUGAAUGAGACUUGGAGACCAUAGAUGAUUAGAAGCAGAACAUGUUAGAGUAGAAGCAGGAUUGGAAUGGCCUUUUCUGGAUAUAAUUGCACUGUAAUCUCUAAGGUGCGUAUAGCAGCAAAAUUCAUAAUUCAUGCUCCUCCUGGGGAAUUCAAUGAGGUGUUCAAUGACGUUCGGUUGCUGCUUAAUAAUGACAAUCUUCUCAGGGAAGGAGCAGCCCAUGCAUUUGCACAGUACAACUUGGACCAGUUUACUCCAGUAAAAAUUGACGGUUACGAUGAACAGGUUUUGAUAACAGAACAUGGUGAUUUGGGAAAUGGAAAAUUUUUGGAUCCCAAGAACAAGAUUUCUUUUAAAUUUGAUCACCUAAGAAAGGAGGCUACUGAUCCUAGACCCCAUGAAGUUGAAAAUGCUAUAGAAUCCUGGAGAAAUUCAGUUGAAAUAGCAAUGAAAGCAUAUGUGAAAGAGCACUACCCAAAUGGUGUCUGCACAGUGUAUGGUAAAACAAUUGAUGGACAGCAGACCAUUAUUGCAUGCAUAGAGAGCCAUCAGUUCCAAGCAAAAAAUUUUUGGAAUGGCCGAUGGAGGUCAGAAUGGAAGUUUACAAUCACCCCUUCAACCACUCAAGUGGCUGGCAUCUUGAAAAUUCAGGUUCACUAUUAUGAAGAUGGUAAUGUUCAGCUGGUGAGCCAUAAAGACAUACAAGAUUCUCUAACAGUCUCUAAUGAAGCCCAGACAGCGAAGGAAUUUAUAAAAAUCGUAGAGGCUGCAGAAAACGAAUAUCAGACUGCUAUCAGUGAGAAUUAUCAGACUAUGUCGGACACUACUUUCAAGGCCUUACGUCGACAAUUGCCAGUUACCCGCACCAAGAUUGACUGGAACAAGAUCCUUAGCUAUAAGAUUGGAAAAGAGAUGCAGAAUGCUUAAAGUGAACGUUGCAUGACUGGAUCAUUUUAGUGUCCUUGUAUACAAAUAAAAAUUAUUACAAAAAGUAUUUGGAACUGUCAAAUCACCCAGUCAGCAUGGGCUUUUGCCAUUGAAAAUCACUGUAAGUAGUUUCGUUAGAGCACAAAGCUUAGCUAAUUGACUUUUUUCCUUUUUCUUUCUUUUCAGAGGGUUGCAACUUCAGUAUAGCUGAAUAUCUUCCUUUAGAGUUUCUGUUGUACCUUUAUUUUUUUAUAAUGAAGAGACCAUGCCUUUAGUUUUCAAUUACACAUUAAGAACAGUUUGAAAAAUAUUUUUACAUAUGAUAACCCUUUCUCUUGCUUUCAUAUGAAAUGGAUGACUUCCAAAAUUUGCUGGAUUCCUGGUGGAGAUCAGUAAUGUGCAUUUCUAGGUCAAGAUCAACAUGGAGUUAGCCAUAGGUGCUGGUUUUGAACUCAUCUAUCCUUUCAUUGUAUGUAGAAUUGGGAAAAGCAUUUUCUAUAUUGUUUAAACCUUUCAGAAUACUUGGCUAGCUCCGUGGUAACUAAUUUUUUUUUUCUUUUGAAGAAAAGGCCAAGGUCUAACGCUGUUUUAAGAUUUUGAAAUUAAAUAAAAGUACUUAUUUCAGAAAUGCAUUUAAUGCUUUGUUCCUGGCAAUUACUUAAACGAGCUCAAAUUCCAUCUGCCCUUGAGGUUUUUUAUCAUAAAGCCACAAAUGUAUUAUAACAAGGCAUAUUGUAAUAUAUAUAACCCUGUACUCAUUACUAUGUCUGUCAGUUUAUUUUUUUUCUUGGAUUGAAAUGUACUAAAAUUCAAUUGACAUUAAAAUGCAAAUUUUCUAUUUA